ACCUAAUAUAAAUCUCAGAUGGUAGUUCUCUUGCAUUCGGCAAUGGUGUCUUCUGUCGUCUCCCCCAUCUUUGCUUUCAAUUCUCACAAAAUUUCCAUUUUCUAGAGUUCAGGCCACUACGAGAGAUCAUGGAUAUUCAAGCGGUUGGGAGCGUGCUAGCCAGCGCCCUCGCUUCGCCUCUCUUACUCGCAGUCGCGUGCUGUGCGAGUCUCAAGCUGGCGGCUGGUGCGUUGAACUUCAUCUGGUCGCUCUGUGCCGCGUACCUUCUUCGACAGGCGGAUUUCUGGACUAUGUUGUUGCCCGAGAAAACGGGGUACUGGCGGAACCGUGUUGCGUGGGUGACAGGCUCCUCCAGUGGCGUUGGUCUAAGCCUCUGCCGACUGCUGGCGCAUCGGGGAUGCCGGGUUAUCAUGUCGAGUCGAAAGAUCGAAGAUCUGCAGGCAGCGAAGCAAGAUGUGGUUACUUUCUGCUCCCUCAAGGGAGUGCAGAAGUCAGAAAACGAUUUUCUCCUCCUGCCCUUCGAUCUGCUACAGCUCGAAUCAUUCGAGGACAUCGUCGUGAAAGCCACGGCUUGGGCACCUAACGGCCGCAUAGAUUUUCUCUUCAACAACGCGGGUAUCGCGAGUCGGGGACUUUUCAUGUCUUACGAGGCUGCGGAAAAGAUUAUAAAGACUGAUUUGCUAGCGCAGAUGAAACUGACGAAGCUGCUUCUUCCUAUUAUGAGCAAGGCAGGCUUCGGUCACAUCAUUUUCACAAAUUCGGGGAGAAGCAAGCUGGUUGCAUGCGGUCACGAACCUUAUUCUGUGUCUAAAGUUGGUCUUCUGUGCUUCGCCGAAGCCUUGUCAAGGGAUCUCAAAGCGAAGAACAUGAACAUCUUUGUAACGAGCGCUCUCCCCUCCUACAUACGGACCAAAAUCAGCUACAAAACUUUGGGUCCGGACGGAACACCUCUAACUGACGACACGUCAUACAUGCACACCGACACCGCUGCAGGUCUGCCUCCUGACACGGUCGCCAGGUAUAUGCUGAAGGCUGCUUCAAACAAACUACGCGAAUGCUGGAUCGCAACAACACCGGUCCUUUUCUACUUGUAUUUGCAGGCGUAUUUACCAGACUUAGCGAGCAGCUUGUUGGAUUUACGAGCCGAGGCCCACGCAUUAGAAAUUGAACAAGAAGCACAGGAACUCGAAGAAAUUGCCCAGCGUGUAUCACGGUGUCCCCCGCAUUCCACCUGAUCGAAAACAGCCACGAAAAAGCAGGUUUUCCGCCAUUGACGGUUCAUAAAAAAAGUGACUGACGCCUCGCGCAUCUGCCCGAGGUGAAACGUUUUCCCUUCCCACAAAUGCGGUAUCUGAACACUGCGUCCGUCAUGGAAAGUUGCAAGUUUCGGGUUGCUUUCCCAGUGCCGCGUUAGCGUCUGUAGCGAGCUUGAUAUGCUCUUUUACACAUUAAAGCGUAUGACGCUCUCAGGUGCAUGUACAUAAACGUACACAGUCAAGACCUACGUUUUUUUUUCUUGAGACUCAUUUGGAAACAAACACUCUGCAGCGUUUC